AUGGCUGGUGCUCGUUAUAGUUCGUUGAACCCACAUGCACCUGAGUAUAUCCCUAUUACCCCUCUGCCACCGCCUCUUCCUACCAUCGAUCCACCGCCGCAGCAGAAUGUUCAUCCUAAACUAAAAGGGCACGAAACUACUGUCAAGUUGGAGAAUGUCCCACUUCACUACAACCGUAAAAAGUUGAUGGAUUUUCUAGACUCUUACUGCUUACUGGAGAAUCAAAAGGCUAGAGAUUCAAAUAAAGAAAACCCUCAUGUCUUCGCUUUUGACUUUGUGUAUUUGCCUAUGAAUUUCAAAUGGACGGGCAUAGAAGGCUAUGGAUUUGUGAAUUUCACCGAUCACAGAACUCUGUUAAAGUUUUUUAGGGAUUUUAGUGAGAGAGCGAAAACGUAUCCAGAUUCUGAAAUAAACGUUCAGAUGUCCAUUGCGGAGAUGCAGGGAAAAAAUGCUUUAGUGGAACGAUUCAAGUCUGAAAGAUUUCUGUUUGAAUCAGACGAGUUUCAUCCAGUUUCGUUUAAUCCUCCAAGAAAUGGUUCUAGGGCAUCAGUGAAAGUGAAUUCUGUGGGGAUAUUCCAACUUCGAAUUAAUCCCACAGAUUAAGCUUGAUUUGAAUAGCAGGUGAUGAUUAACCAAGUUUUGAGUAUCUGUGUUGUAUAAGCUAGCUUUGCAGGGGAGAAGUAAUUGAAUAGAAAUCUCUCAGAUCUAUUGAAUAGUAUUUUUCGCUUACCAAAUAAACAAGUUUGAGUAUAGCCAUUAAUUAGCAGGAGUUGCUGCAUUUGAUUUGGUU